AUGACGUUGUUACUUCAGUCAAUGUACUUUGGACGCUUCAAACGUAAUUCCUUUGACAAAAACAUAAUAACUUUAUUACAAUUAUUUUUAAUGUAUACACAGCAGUUGUUGUUUUUAAGUUGCAGGAAGCACAGAGGUUUUGGGAAGAAUACCAUAAUUCUAAGUCUUUUGGAGGAAAAUAUGCAAAAUCUAGUAUUUGACAGUCCCGGUGGUUUGAUGACGUCAUCACCACGAAGUUCUAGUCCAUUUGCUCUCUCAUUGGCCCACCUUGAAGACGAGAUGUCACGUGACAGUGGAUUUGGUUCCCCGGAUUGUGCAUUUCAAAAGGAUGGUUCGGACCAGCCGCCGCCCUGUGUUUCGUCGAGUGGAGGGUCUCGGGAAAAAAAGACUUCUCGCCGCUGUUUGUUCUCAGACUUCAAGUCAGCGUUCGCCUCAAAACGAUCCCGUGGGGACGAUGAGGAUCUGGGCAGCGCCUUCAAGCGUAUCCGAGUUCAAGACACCUUAGACUACCAGUUAUGUUUGAGCCCGCCUCUCUCUCGUCUCCGCCAAUCAGAAGGAUCGACACACGAGCAAGUCAAGUCGGCUGUUGACAGGUUACAACGAACAGAGAAUCUUAUUGGUGAUGGCUCUCAGAACCACGUUCUUCCGACAACCUGUGGACGACACCAAGACCUCAAGUCAAUCAGUCCGCAGACAGUGUACGAUCUACUUCGCGGAAAAUACAGUGACGUAAUCAAACAGCACGACAUUAUCGACUGCAGAUACCCGUACGAGUUCGACGGCGGACAUAUACAGGGAGCCAUAAACAUUUUCACGGAGGAGGGGAUUUCUGAACUGGUGGAAAAUCAUCAAUCUGACGGCAGGCGACAUGUUCUCAUCUUCCACUGCGAAUACUCAUCACAGAGGGCGCCAAAAAUGAUGCGUCUGCUACGGAGUCAGGACCGGAAGUCGAACAGCGACCAGUAUCCGUUCUUGUACUACCCCGAGAUCUACCUGCUGGACGGUGGAUACAAGGAGUUCUUCUCAUAUCACAAGGAUUUCUGUGUUCCCCAAAGCUACCUGUCGAUGCAUCACGAAGACCAUGCGGCAGAUUUACGUCACUUCCGUGUCAAGUCGAAAUCGUGGACUGCCGGAGAAAGCCGAGGACGAUCGAGGAGGUCUUUGAUUUGUCAAUCUCCUCUAUUCUCCUAAAUUGUUUUAGCGGACGACGACAUUAAUAUCAAAACGUGAUGAUAUUCGAAAAAGAAAAUCAAACAAUCGAUGAAUAGAGUGUACAUCUCGAUAAUUGACAGACUUUGUGAGAAACCAAAACCCCAGUGCUAAAAUUGUGAUUGUGAUGAACCUAACUUUGUUAAAUACCGUAUUCAAGACAACUUUUUUUGGCAAAAUUCUUUUUGAAUUUUUCAAUAGUGAUUACAUAGUAGUGGAUGGUACGGUUCGGACUUCUAUGGAUAAUAUUUAAAAUAGUGAUUUCUGAUUUUCCUGUUGGUAUAUUUAGGUGUAUCGAUACAUUGCUAAAAAUCCAAAGUAGCUAAACGAACACUGGAGUUGAAUGAAGGUCAAUACUGAACGAACUGAGAUAUUAAUAUUUACAGAAGUAAUGGCGGACAGUUAGUUGUGUAUGUUUCGAAACCUCAGACACUUAGUCAACGUCAGCUUGUAUUUAUCUUAUAAAUACUCUUCCAGUGGCUAACCUUCAGUAGUUUACUCAUAAAUAUUUUUAUAUGUACAACUAACACACGUUUUUGAAAAAAACACAAACACCACCUCCUGCAUCCAAGGCGCCGUUUGUGAACAAGUUGUGUGUCACGUGAUGUAUUCCUCGUGGAUUUAGAUGCGUUUUAUGAAGGACUAAAGGUCAUAUAUGUGGAUACAUUUCAUAGCUGACAUUUUGAAAGUGAUAGAUCGCUGUGAACACUUAUUUCAUAAUGGAUUUUUAAAACAGUAUGUCAUCAUUUUGAGGUAUAUUUGAUUGUGAGCAUGUGACGUGAUGACUUGUUUUUAGUGGAGUUUACCUGUUUAAAUUCAGUUCAUUGGCGUAAAUGGAGCUGACUUGUUUAAAUGGAAUUAACUCGGGUGUUAUAUUCCCGUGGAUUCCUUAUAAGUAAUUAUUUGGUUUAUUUUCCAUAACCAAAGACUACCAGUGCAAUAUGAAUCAACGGACAAAUGCAAAGAACUGGCUGUGAUAAAACAAAUAUUUUUUCUUUUCUGGUUUUUCUUUUCUAUUUCAGUCGUCUGUCAUUUCAAUCUCUACACAUUUUUUUUCUUCUUUUCUUUUCUAUCCCCCUUGAAUUUUUCCGCUUUGUACAUAUGUAAAUGUAAUAAAAAAACGUGAAUAAAAUACUUAAACAUG